AUGGUAGGCCAUGCUGCUCAGGUAUACUGGUUGUCAAAAGGGUUCAUCUGCGCUCCCUCUCGAAAUAACUUGGAUAUCCUUCACGAAGAGAUUCACGAUCUCAUCUUCCCAAUUAAGGAAACUGGACUUCAACCUGCCCAAAUACAUAUCAACCUAAAAUAUCCAUGGGUUGGGUCACAGAUCUCCCGUGUUGAAUACAAUGGUAGUGACUUUCAUCUAGUUAUAUCCAAGUCGGAAUCACCCGGUGACCUUUUUUUUCCCACUUGCAAGCAAUCGUUCAUGAUCUCGGGCCUCUCGCUUGAGCGUGUGAGGAUCCUUGCCCGGGCUCUUGGUGUCGAUGACGAGCCCCCGACCGAGUCCAGCGUUCAGUGCUAA